UUUUGACAGACAAAAACAAAACUCGUUAUCAUUUCGAUGGACGGUCGUGCGUAAAAUUGUGCAGUUUUAUUAUCACUUUUUUUGUUCGAUAAAGACUUGUUCGAUUGUGUAAAUCGUUCUGUAUUUUCAAUAAAGUCCACAUUAGUUGUUUAGUGUGAUUUUUCAACCAUGAGCUAUCAAGAUGAGGAAGAACCAAUCGGCUAUCAGGUGGGCUCUUUCCCCAAGGAUUUUGGAUAUGGAAAUUUCGAUCACGAGGAUAACAACUCUCGUUCGGCUGAGGACAAGCCACGAAUCCUUCUGAUGGGCCUCCGAAGAUCAGGAAAAAGUUCGAUCCAGAAGGUGGUGUUUCACAAAAUGUCUCCCAAUGAAACACUGUUUCUGGAAUCUACAAAUAAAAUCGUCAAAGAUGACAUCAACAAUAGCAGCUUUGUGCAGUUCCAAAUUUGGGAUUUCCCAGGACAAAUCGAUUUCUUCGAUCCAACGUUCGACUCGGAUAUGAUUUUUGGUGGCUGCGGAGCAUUGGUAUUUGUAAUCGAUGCUCAGGAUGAUUACAUUGAAGCCUUAGCUAAACUAAACCAAACCGUAACAAAAGCACAUAAGGUGAACCCCAGAAUCAAGUUUGAGGUGUUUAUUCAUAAAGUGGAUGGAGUGAGCGACGACUUCAAAAUGGAGUCACAACGAGAUAUCCACUCGCGAGCUACAGACGAUCUAGCAGAUGCCGGACUGGAGGGAGUUCACCUAAGCUUUCAUCUUACGUCGAUCUAUGACCAUUCGAUUUUCGAGGCGUUCUCCAAAGUUGUGCAAAAGCUGAUUCCCCAGUUGCCAACCCUUGAAAAUCUGCUCAACAUUUUUAUAUCGAAUUCUGGAAUUGAAAAAGCAUUUCUGUUCGAUGUGGUGUCUAAGAUUUACAUAGCAACAGAUUGCUCGCCUGUGGAUAUGCAAAGCUAUGAAUUAUGCUGUGACAUGAUUGAUGUUGUGAUUGAUCUGUCUUGCAUCUACGGAUCUAAAGAUGAUCCCGAUGUUGCUGCUUUCGACGACCACAGUUCCAGUCUGAUAAAAAUGAACAACAGUACGAUUCUGUAUCUUCGCGAAGUAAAUAAGUUUCUGGCGCUUGUGUGCAUCAUACGGGAAGAAAACUUCUCCCGCCAAGGGGUAAUCGAUUACAACUUUCUGUGUUUCCGUGAAGCCAUUACUCAAGUGUUUGAAUUGCGCCUGAAAAAUCAGAAGCUGGAAGCAGCUGAACAUAGCCAAGAUCAUGAAAGUGACUAUCAGGGAUCAAUCCCCUCGAAUGGUACCGCUUCACAAACUUUCGAGCAACAUAUGAGUAACACAGCUGUAGCCUAAUGGAUAAUUGCUUCAAUGUUGAUUUUACAAACGUGGCAUGAAUAAAGUUGCAGAAUUUGUUUAUUUUCAAA